GUCAGUUUGGUCAUGGCGAUGCCAAGCUGGGAAAUGCGUCAAAAUCGCAGCGAAGUCCGUUAAUGCAACUGCAGGGGAGAAGUUGCUCAGCAAAAACACAUGUAAACUGACUUGCGCGCCGUACGGUACGCUUUGGCCGAAACCCUCUGGUUACAUCCAAGUCAGCUCGGAUGUCGUCAGUAUCAACCCUAACAGCAUCUACUUUCAGAGCAUGCCUGGCCAAGUCUUGCCGCCUAAAACCAACGCGCUACUUCACGAAUUGGGGCAAGUGUUUAUCCGGAACAUAUUUUUGAACUUAAAAGGCGAGCCAGCGCUGAAAGACCCUGGGCAUAAUUUUGUGGUCACCGUCGUCCUGGCCCGGACGAAUGUGACAACAUUCACCCAAGACACCGACGAAAGUUACGAGCUCACCGUUUCCAAGGAAAAGAAUUCGGCUGUGACAGCCCUGGUGAACGCGUUCACCUACCCAGGAGCCGCCCGGGGACUGGAGACGCUGUUACAGCUCAUCACAUACGAUGACGUCACCGGCUCUCUGAUCGUGCCCAGUGCGGUCGGGAUCACCGACAGACCCUCCUACCCCUAUCGAGGAGUCCUCCUCGACACAGCCAGGACGUUCUUCUCGGUGGAGGCUCUGAAGCGUCUGAUCGACGGGUUGGCCGCCAGCAAGAUGAACACCUUCCACUGGCACAUCACCGACUCGCACAGCUUCCCGUUCGAGCUCAAAUCUCACCCCCAACUCACUCAGUACGGUGCUUAUGAUAAGAAGAAGGUGUACACCCACGACGACAUCCGCUCACUAGUUCACUACGCCCAAGUACGCGGAAUCCGGAUCGUUCCGGAAUUCGACGCACCAGCCCACGUCGGCGAGGGAUGGUCCUACAUCGCCCAGCCCGGGGAUGGCCCUGAGGACUACGUGGUGUGCUUCCACGCGGAGCCCUGGCAGAGCUACUGCGUGGAGCCACCCUGCGGACAGCUCAACCCCGUCUCGAGCAAGGUCUACAACGUCCUUAGCGACAUCUACUCCGAGAUGCACGAGUUGUUCGACUCGGAUCUCUUCCAUAUGGGCGGCGACGAGGUCAACAUGAACUGCUGGAACUCCACCGAGUCCAUCGUCAACUGGAUGUACGAAAA